GAUCGAGUGUACUAAGUCAACAAUAACAAAAAUUGUUAUAUUGGGAAACUUAAGUUUGUAUUUAUUAAACAUAAAUCAAGUUACAUAAUUUUGGUCCCUGGUUCCUGAUAUGUGUUCUUUUAUUCAUCGUAAUGACCAAUUUACAAAAGGCGUGUCAGGAUACGGAUACUGUCGGAAUGUGUACCUAGCAAAACAGUUUUCUAGUGUACAUUUGUAUGUAUUUUAUGGAUGUCGAUACGUACAUACACCCCCUCCCACUGAGUGGAAUAUGUCAUGUACGUCGUACAACUAGAUUGGCAAUUCGCAUUAAACGAAAAUUUUUAAAGAGCAGGGCGCGGAUAUAAAUUGAUUUUCGUAAGGUUGAAUUUAAAAGUGCCACCAAAAGACAAAACAGUCGGCCAUAAGAUAGCAUUGAGUUCCAUACCAUACCCGGGUGAAUGUUGGUGUGCGAUGGAAACUGUAUGUACACAUAUUGUGUUGUGGGUGUAAAGAGAGGGACAGUUAUUGUAAGGGAGGAGCUGUUACAAGGGGUGAGUGACACAAAAGUUGUCGUAAGUUAGGGGUUGGUUACGAGCGGUGCGGUACUUGGUACUUCGGUUGCAGCAGCGCGGCUAAAACUUAACUGAACUGCUUUCUAAAGGAGAAAGGAAUUGGAAAAAAUGUUAUAAAAUGUUGACUUAAACUAUUUAGUUAUCCUAAAUAAAAUCAGUAAAGGAAAUACCAAAACGAUUCAAAUGCAAUUGGAAAUGCAUUAUAUUUGAGCACAAUACUUAUUGGUAAAUGUCCUCAUCGUAGAAGUCAAGACGUGAAUUAUUUGUAGAGCAUAAUGAUAUGUCUGGAAUAGAGAAUUAAGCACGAAUUUGAAUGAAUACAAUGGCGCAUCUGCAUCUGCAUCAUUGAGCUCCACCCUCAUCUUGUGAAAGUGGAUUCAUACUUGGAGGGAACAUUAGCAGCUGCCCGCUUUUAAACAUUGGCCCUACCGACUUAAUCUCUUUUCAAAGUAAAGACCACUCAAUUAUAAGAAUGUCGGCGCAAGUAGCACCAAAGAUGUUGAACGAUAGUAUGCCGGACUCAAUUCACAAGAAUAAUCCUGUACAUCAUCAAAUGUUAGAACAGCGAAAAGUUCAUGCGUCGUCGAUGCCACUAUCCGAGGAUCCGCGAACGUUGCAAUUGGCGUUGGAACUAUCAUUGGUCGGGCUAAAUGACAAUCAACACUGCUAUGGCCAACCUGCGCUACCCGUUACGAUACAGAACGAUUUUGAAAUAGGCUCCAUCAAUGUGGUGCCCGCCAUUUAUUCUAAAACGGACAACACCCUGCCUUUAUCUACAGUAUCCGCUUCCGGGCUUCUAUUACCCACCGCCGCUGCAGUUGGCGUUGAAGACCGAUUAAAAAAGUCCCAAAAUAUGACCGAAUGUGUUCCAGUUCCGAGCUCAGAACAUGUUGCCGAAAUAGUUGGUCGGCAGGGGUGCAAGAUCAAGGCUUUGAGAGCUAAAACAAAUACUUACAUUAAAACCCCAGUUCGCGGAGAGGAGCCGGUAUUUGUAGUUACUGGUCGCAAGGAAGAUGUAAACAAGGCAAAACGGGAAAUACUCUCUGCAGCAGAUCACUUUAGCUUGAUACGAGCUUCUCGAAAACCCUCAAUUGAGGGUCACAAUAGCGGAUUGACGGGAUUAAAUGAUUCGGGAUCUGGAGCGGGUGGCAGUGCAGGUCCUGUAACGCGAAUGCAGUCCGGGCCCCCUUGCUUGCCCGGUCAGGUUACCAUACAGGUACGUGUACCCUAUCGCGUUGUGGGCCUCGUGGUUGGACCAAAAGGCGCCACAAUUAAACACAUCCAACAGGAGACACAAACGUAUAUUGUGACGCCAUCGCGCGAGAAAGAGCCUAUUUUUGAAGUGACCGGUUUGCCAGAUAACGUAGACACGGCCCGGAAGCAAAUUGAAGCACACAUUGCCCUUCGAACUGGAUCCGGAACUGGAAACGGUGUUGGCGGUGUUGGUGCCGGACAAGUAUGUGAAUCGACCGAAUCGCACGACUUUGGGUCACAGCCAACUAUAAAUUCAUUAACACAGAUUCUGAACGAUGAUCUGAACUCGGAAAUACUGUCAUCCAUCUACAAAAGUGUUAUCUCGCCUGCUCUGGACUAUGGCGAUAAUGAUGGCACUGUGGAUAGUCUCAACAUGAAUGGGGUGAAACUAAUGCCGGAUCAUCAUCUAAGAAACGCUUAUCAGAAGUCGGAAUUAGCUGACUUGGACAUGCCACCAAUUGCAAUGGCCACAGCCACAUCGGAUAAUCAUUAUGCCGCCAGUGAAGCUCAAAUUCCACCAGCAAAAGUUACUAAUAUGUACCGUAUUACGCACAAAACCUUGUCAUUCUGUCCACCGAUAUCCGCAUCUAUGAAUUCAAACUCCGGCUCAAAUAUACUAACCAGAUCAUGUUCAUCAGCGUCUUCAACCGCUUCGACAAAGAGCACAAACAAUAGCGCCAACACUCCUCCAGAACUAUUAAAUAUAUGGAAAAAUAUAAGCGACUCGAUUGAUGUGGAUGAAGGUAUUGGGGACUCGCCAAGCAUUUGGAAUAUUCCAGCGAACACUAUACCCACCGCACAUUGUUCGCCAACAACCUCCAUAAGUCCGACGGACUCUCUUUUGGGGCUUGGAGAACACUCAGUAAAUCAAAACAUUUCUCGCCACGUAAGGGAAUCGUCAUGUAUCAGUCAGCAAAGAGCAGCGUCAGUUCAAUUCCAACCUAAUUCCAUCGCCGACAAAUUAACUCUGCAACGCGAGUGUUUUGUGUGCAACGAAAACGAAGUAACCACAGCUUUGGUGCCAUGCGGCCACAAUAUGUUCUGCAUGGACUGUGCCAAUCAGAUCUGCGUUUCCAUGGACGCAGCAUGCCCGAUAUGCAACUCAAUUGUUUAUCACGCGAUGCGUAUUUUAGGCUAAAUGUGCACAAUUUUAAACAAAAAUGGUUUCUGUUUAAUCAUUGAUCUAUUUGAGGAACAACCCAAGCUACUUCGAAUUUUUUUUUUAAUAUUUUGUAAAUCGUUUGAUUUUUUAUUAAUUUUAAACAUAACAUAAUCUUUCAAAGUAAUACUCAUUGCUUUUUUGUUAUAUACACAUAUAUGCUCUGAUUUUUGCCAGCAGCUUGCAACGUUCUCAUACAAUGCAUAAAUUGUGAAUCUGGAUUAUCUGCAGGGUCGACACAGUUUGAUUGACCUUCUUUCCGCCUGUGAUCCUCCAAGAUCCGAUCACUUAUCGAAAAAAAAAUAAUUCUUAGAUCAAUCUUUUUUGUGGCUGCUACAGAAAGAUCGAUAAUCAAUGUGCUGAAUACCAUAUCACAAAGAAAAUGAUCAGAAUUAUUGUUCGAUAUUUAAUUCCACCUUAAUUUAAUUUUUUGCGUAUGUGUUUU